GCGCAACUGCAGGCAGAGUCUGUCGGUCUCUCAUGAAAUGAAGUGUGCCAAUCGACUAACUCUCAAUCACAAUCACGCGACAAACAUGCCAGCACCAUCCUCAGCGCCCGCCUGGCGUAUCUUCCAGCGACGCCGCCCACGACGCACACACAAACUCGCACUACGUGCCAACGCAACAGACAAACGAACACGAACCCACCCCAUCACCUGGCUAUACGACUUGUCUGCCCACGCAGCCUUGGUGCGCAGCUUCUCAACCAGGCGGCUGAAAAAACCAUUGGCCUCUCUGCCCUACACACCAUCCACCGUGACGCACAAGGGGGUGAAGUGGAUGGACUUGUCCUCGCACACACGGCUGUGGUGGGCCUUCUUGGCCUUGGCCUUGUUCUUGGGGAUGGAGGCGGUCGAUUGAUUGCGGUAGGACGACGCGUCAGCGCUUGUCACGCAGAGGUCAAACGACACAUCCUUCUGCCGCUCCCACACCCCCCUCACCACCAUGUCCGUCCGCACCCCCUUCUCCCCUCCUCGGGCUCCACGAUUAUCACCUCCUUCCUGACCGCCGACUCGCCCCAAGCCUUGGUAGAAAGGUCGCACAGCACGUCCACCACCUCGUUGUGCCGCCGAAUCAUCAACCCACCCACCCCACAGUUGAGGGCGUGGUCGAGCGAGUAUGCAGCCUCGCAGCCGUCGCAGUGGGUGGGCAUCUUGGGAGGUUCAUAGGCGUACCGGAUGGCCAUGUUGUUGCGGAACUCGUUCGGCGUCAGGUCGGUGUGGUCCUCUGCGUCAGGCCGGUAAGUCACCCACCUAGCCGUCUUGGCCUCGAUCGCCCGGUGGACCGCCCGUCGUUUCUCUAAGGGCAGCUGCUGGAGGUCGUCCUUGAAGCGCUCCUUGGCUGCCUCAUCGGUCGCCCGCCGCCGCUCCUUGACCGCUUGCUGCAUCUCGGCGCGGUGCUGGAAGGGGUUGAAUGGAGGGCCGUCAGGUGGGUCGCCGUCUUGAAUGGUGGACACCAGCAGGGAAGUGCCCUUGGUGGACGUCUCGUAUGCCAUCGCCACUCGCUUCGUCGCGUCCCUCACCUCCAUCCCCCCAUGACGCGCAGGCAGCAUCAUCAGCUGGGCCUCAGUGGCGGUCACCGCAUGGCUGGAGAGCUGGGUGAGGUAGUGAGUGAGGGCGUCUCGCAGCGGCUCGAAUGUCGCACGCUCCUCAGGCAUCACCCCUAUGAAAAAAUCCCACUCGGCCUGCAGAGACGUUGUGAGUGCUGUGUGGGCUGCCUUCGCGUACUUGGCCGCUGCGUCCGCCAUCCGGUUGACACACCGCUGCCACUCCCGCACCAUCUCGGUGGCGUAGGCCUCUUUGCCAUUCGCGGUCCACACAAAUCCCCCCAUGUAUCGAGUGCCACUGACGAUCUCCAUGUCGGUAUCGCCAAACACCUCUCGCGCCCGCUCCUCGCAACCCGCCCGUACCACCAGUUUGCUCUUCUUGCCGUUGGGGUGAUAGCCCCUCAAUGGCCCUCUCCGCUGCAGCUCAUCCCACCAAUCACGCACCGGCUGGAGGUCUUCCACCUUGGCGGAGUCGUUGGCAAACCACGCCUCGGGGCCCUCCUCUGCUGGCCGCUUCAUCUCGCAUACGAGGGGCAGGGUGGCCACAGAGUAGAAGAGGGAGGCCAAGGGGUCGCCUUGUGUCGUCCCUUCUCGACUCCACAGCGGCGCGGAUCGAGUUCAUCAACACCACCCCACUCCAACACGCGAGUGACCGCAGAGGCGUGGCCCUUCCAGGAAGCCAGAUGGAUCGCAUAAUUUCCGUUCUGCAUGCGUGUUAGGGGUGUACUGUUUGAUUCUAUCUGUUGAUAUCCUUAUUUCCUCACAUCAUCUUGCUGUGCAAGUAGGGCUUGGCCUUUUUCAGCAUACAUCUCCUCCAUCACCUUAACGCAACCAGAACUCGCAGCGAUGUGAAAGAGUGUGUUAUCAUUCUGCAACCCUCAGCCAUAGACACAGGGAGACAGCCACGCAGUUGAUACAAUAUAUGUGCCUUUCCUUUGUUGCGUCUGUCGAGUUCAACAACACCACCCCACUCCACCACGCGAGUGACCGCAGAGACGUGGUCAUUCAAGGAAGCCAGAUGGAUUGCAUAGUUUCCGUUCUGCAUGCAUGUUAGAGGCACAUUAUUUGAUUCUAUCUCUUGAAAGUAACUUGACAUCUUAUUUCCUCACUUGAUCUUGCUGUGUCAGCAGGGUUUGGCCUUCCUUGGCAUACAUCUCCUCCAUUACCUUAACGCAACCAGAGCUCGCAGCGAAGUGGAAGGGUGUGUUAUUAUUCUGCGACCCUCAAUCAUAGACACAGGGAGACAACCACGCAGUUGAUACAAUAUAUGUGCCUUUACUUUGUUGCGUCUGUCGAGUUCAUCAAUGCCACCCCACUCUAACACACGAGUGACCGCAGAAACGUGGCCCUUCCAGAAGCCAGAUGGAUUGCAUAGUUUCCGUUCUGCAUGCAUGUUAGAAGCACACUGUUUGAUUCUAUCUGUUGAUAUCCUUAUUUCCUCACAUCACCUUGCUGUGUCAGCAGGGCUUGGCCUUUUCUGGCAUACAUCUCUUCCAUCACAUCAACGUAACCAGAACUCGCAGCGAAGUGGAAGGCUGUGUUAUUAUUCUGGAGCCCUCAACCAUAGACACAGCGAAACAACCACCCAGUUGAUACAAUAUAUGUGCCUUUACUUUGUUGCAUCUGUCGACUUCAUCAAUACCACCCCACUCCAACACGCGAGUGACCGCAGAGACCUGGCCUUUCCAGGAAGCCAGAUGAAUUGCAUAGUUUCCGUUCUGCAUGCAUGUUAGAAGCACACGGUUUGAUUCUAUCCGUUGAUAUCCUCACUCUCUCACAUCAUCUUGCUGUGCGAGUAGGGCUUGGCCUUUUUUGGCAUACAUCUCUUCCAUCACAUCAACGUAACCAGAACUCGUAGCAAAGUGGAAUGCUGUGUUAUCAUUCUGCAAUCCUCAGCCAUAGACACAGGGAGACAACCACCCAAUUGAUACAAUGCAUGUGCCUUUACUUUGUUGCGUCUGUCGAGUUCAGCAACACCACCCCACUCCAACACGCGAGUGACUGCAGAGGCGUGGCCCUUCCAGGAAGCCAGAUGGAUCGCAUAGUUUCCGUUCUGUAUGCGUCUUAGGGGCACACUGUUUGAUUCUAUCCGUUGAUAUCCUUAUUUCUUCACGUCAUCUUGCUGUGCGAGUAGGGCUUGGCCUUUCUUGGCAUACAUCUCCUCCAUCGCAUCAACAUAACCAGAACUCGCAGCGAUAUGAAAGGGUGUGUUAUCAUUCUGCAACAAGUGAAACACCAGUGCUUUGAGCACUGCUUCAUGUUUUUUUACCUUCUCUUUAAGCGUCAAGAUAUCCAUUCCUCCAAGCUCGAGCAGCGUCGUCACGAUAGCCACAUGACCCUUCUCGACCGCCAGAUGCAAUACAGUAGGUUUGUUCUGAUAGAAAUUAGGAUGACAUCUCAAGUCGCCUGUUGCCAUUGGCUACUAUCAUUGAUGUCAGCUCACCAUCAUUUUUGCUUUGUUUUUGAUUAGGUCUUUGCCGCCUUUGGCCACUAUCUCUCUGACGAUGUCCUCAUGGGCGUUUUGUGUAGCGAAGUGAAGUGCCGUGAAGCCCUCCUGCAAUCGACCAAACACCAAUAUUUCCGCAUCGUUGUGGGCGAGCCCAGCGCUCUGUCUCACCUCGUUGGUUUCCUGCAGGCAUUCGACGCCUUUGACUUCAAUGAUCUGCACGACAGUCUCCUUAUUGCCCUCCGCACAAUCCUCGAAAAGGCUCACCUGCGAAGAGCAUACAGUUAGUAUAGACUUAUGCUACCAUUCAGUGAGCGCAUGUUGUCUACCUCCUCGACAGCCACAAUCGGUUGGCUGCAGCGCCAAAGGGCCUCCAUCGGGACAUUUUUGUUUCCCUUCGUCAGCUCAAGACUUUUGCUCUUGCCGAAAGUCUUGACACUUAUCACAUAACCCGGCAGCCCCACACAUUUGAUGGUCACCAUUUGGUCCUCGAACUUACUGCUUCCCCUUAUGGUCUGCUCCCCCUCUUGCUCAAAAUGCAUGUCGGCCGAUACAAGCAGUUGAUCUUUGGAGCGCCGAAAACAGAGGAGAGAGCAUAAGCCUCUUUCUGCCGUCGGCUGCAUAAGGUUUUGCUUCUUGGUUGGGACCAUAAUCCACUGCUCGUAUUUUGCCUCCCCCUUGCUGUCGUUCACAUCCGUCUCAAUCGUUGGCGCAUCGAGGACAAGCGUGUUGUCCACCAAUGGGUUCACUGUUAGUGUCUUGUCGGGAAACGCUGUCGACACCAGACGGAAAGCGCCUUUUGGGCAGAAUUUGUGGCAGCGAAUCAGC